AUGCGUGCCUUCGGAAUCGUCCUCAUCGCCCUCGCUCUUGUGGCCAUCAUCCACGCCGCUCCCGUCUUCAAAAAGGAGAUGGGUAAGAGACGAUGAAAAAUGAUGGAUACAGACUUUUUCAAUUUUACAGCGAUUGCGAAGAUCGCUGACACGGCUGCGAGAUUGCGUCAAAUCGAGCUGAAUCUCCAAAAAGCGCGUCUGCCACUCGAGGCGAGCCUCCGCUACAACAAGAACAAGGACGGCGACGAGGUCGGACUCGAGCACACCGCCUUCCCCAUUUUCGAUGAGCUCAUCAAAGCCGGACGCGAGAUUACAAGAGCCGCGAAUCAGGCCGGAGACAUGCUUGAUGGGCUCGACAAAGAGCUCACGGAGACUCUUUCCAUAGCUCCCCCCUUGAUUACUGUCUUCGGCGGCAAAAAAUAA